AUGAAAAUUGUUGAUUCCUCAAUUUUUGGUGGGGUUUGGUGUGUAUUUUUAACCCUUGCAUUCCUUCACAAUAUUUUAUCAAUUUGUAUGGUUGUUUUUUCCGAAUUUUCUGAAAAGUUUUAUACUCAAUGGAUAUUAAUUAAUUGUUUUACUGAUGCCAUUAAUGUUUUGGAUUUAUUUGUAAAAAUUAAGAAAGGAUUUACACUAGAUGGAUUUGGCAAUAAUCGUUACAUAUCUAUUCGAAAAUAUAUUUUUUGUCGAGCAUUUCUACUCGAUUUAUUAGCUAUUCUGCCCACAGAUAUUUUACUUUUAAUUUGGCCUAAUUUCUUUUUACUUCGAAUUAAUCGUCUCGCAAAAAUUGGAAGGGUUAGCGAGAUUGUUAAAUUAAUUGAGCAUCGAAUUCCGUGGCCACUUGGAUUUCGUUUAUUACGUCUAGCUACUUUUUGUUAUUUACUUUUUCAUUGGAAUGCUUGUUUUUAUUUUUAUUUAAGUUCUCUAUAUGGAUUUGAAAAUUCCACAGUAAAUGAUUGGACUUUUUCUUAUCAAAAAAUUCCCGACCUUUUAUUUCCCUUAUGCGAACCACGAUUUGAUUUUAACCGAAAUGAAUGUCUUUUCCCAGAAGAAAAUUGGAGGGAUCGACCAGAGAAAAUUAAUGAAUUAAAAAAUUAUUGGCAAAAAAAAAUUGGAUCAACCAAAUUUAACAAUUUAACAAAAAAAUAUGCAAUGAGUUUUUAUUGGUCUGCCUUAACGCUUGUUACUUUAGGUGAACAGCCUUGGCCAGCAAAUAGCGUUCAAACAGCAUUUGAAAUAAUUGAUACUUUAAUUGGGCUACUUUUAUUUGCGGCAAUUAUUGGGGAUAUUGGGAUUAUGGUAAGUAAUGCCCAUUUAGAAAAAGUUAAAUUUCAAGAAAUAACUGAUGGAUGUAAAAGAUAUAUGAGAAUUAGAAAUGUUAAUACACAAUUAUAUAAUAGAGUAAUUAAUUGGAUUGAAUAUCAGUGGAUUUGGGGAAGGAGAUUAAAUGAAGACGAAAAGGUGCUUUUAAAUAUUUGGGUAUUGGAAGGUAUUGGGAUUCCGACAGAUAUUGGUCGGAAUUGGAAAAGAUAUUCCCAAGUCCUAAUAACAAAUUUAGAUUAA